AGUGAACGGGUGAAUGUCAUGAUAUCUUGGACUCGUCCGGUGCGGCGAGCAGGCAGACAAUAAGAGCCUGAAGUCCUUGAAAAGCUUACUUGAUACGCGUGAGCGACUGGAAACUGCAACUGCGUCAGAUGCGGAAGUACGUGUGGAUCUAAAGAUCCGUUGAGAGAAAACCAGGGAGAAAACGAGGCGACGUCCGGAGGAAAGAACGCCUACUACAACUGUCAACCACUCGAGAUCUUGAGUCGUACAACCUGUUAGGAAAUGUGAGGUGAAGCAUAGUAGCGGAAUGUGAGGUGAAGCGUAGUGGAAUUGGAGAAGCCUUAAAGCAUAAGAACUUCUGAAGGACAUAUACAAUGAUGCCGAACGUCGGAUCGAUGUGUUGAGAAUCUCAUAUUUUCUGUGCCGACGCCAGUCUAAUUACACAUCUCUACUCAACGGCGGAGACUGUAAUAUUACACAGCGCCCAGCCACGAGGAAAGCUCCAGUAUCAUAAUUUCGCUCCCCAUCUGCCCCCACCCUCACUGAGAUGGUAUUCCAUCACGGUUUGAUAUCUACUCUCGCCAUCUGUUACCAUCAUUCCUUCCACUUGCGAAAGUUUAGGAAAAUGCCAGUUCCCUGUUUUGAAGGCAAGCGAGGUGAGGGUUCUUCUUUGAAGGACUUUGAAGGACGUAGGUUGCAGAACGUAGUGUUCGCUGGGGUCCUGUGGGAAAUCGCCGAGGGGAGUAAUCAUCAAUAUCACCGUUGAAAUAGUACAGUUUAUGGCGACCUCCCACGAAUUAGAUGUAGUCCGACAACACUCACGAGGGAUACAGUUAAUGAGUUGCAGUGAGGUGAAUCCUUGACUGCCCUGUACAGUGCGAUGAAGGGAAGAGAAGGUUGGCACAAGCCCGCGCUAACGCACGGACUGAAGACUGGGCCGUGUUGAAUAUAUCAUAACAUCUGCGAACUGCAACAAAUGUGAUCUCGUGCAAAGUAUGAUUGUUGUUGUUGUUACACGAACGAUGCGUACAGAAGAGGCAGGUCUGAAGGCACGAAGUUUCCAAACAUGGAAACUGUAGCCAGAUCUGGGCUCUCACGUCCCUCCCGCGGCCCCGGCGUGUCUGAAUUCAGCGAGCGCCCGCGGACAAGGGUCGGGCCAGUGAACCACACCAUGGAAAAGGGUUUGCGCUCAUUGGAUUUACGGUGAAAGUUCCUCGCACACCCAACCUGCUGUAUUGAAACUCCGCACAAGCAAAUCUUAAAGACUCGAGCCUGUCAUAACAGCAUCAGGCAGGGCGACAGACGGCCAGCCAGCCAGCCAGGCGGCCAAUGGGGCAUCAACAAUCGUCCCAAAGAGAGGGCAAGAAACGAAGGGAAGGUAAGGAAGAGGUAAGCGGAGUCGGACGAGGUGAGGAAGCCGGGCAACAUCGCCAAUGUCAGUUACGGCAUCGAGGAACGGGCCGAUAUCGUUGAGCAUCGAGACAUGAACCCGGAGAGCGAGGAGGAGGAGGAGCAGGAACACAGUACGUACGACCACGUUCUGUUGAUGAUGGCGCCGACGUCAGCGGCCGCGCUGGGGCCAAUGGAGGCGCGAUUCGGCCAUUGCCAUUGCUGCAGAGUCCUUUUCGAGAGUCGCGACACUUUGUUUCAGGGGCGUUCCCGGGAUCAAGCCGUGACAAGUACUGGAUCGGCUUGCCUCCAUUCAAUCACUCGAUUCACAUGCAUUCAGACCUCAUUCAGUUCCCAGCCACCAGCCCCCAGCCCAGACUCGACCGCCGAUCCGCAAUCCGCACACCUUCCUUCCUCCCUCCCUCCCUCCCUCUUCACUUCCAAGAAGGAAUCACCAUUUUCCAACGCCACAGCGUUGGGACAACGCUGUGGCGGCUCCAUUCCCCGACCUAGUCUGAGUAACGUUCUAUUCUCCGCCCCCACGGCGGACUCCGCGCCCCUCCCUCCUUCCCGUUUCCCGAGGAGUCGCAAUGUGGGCAAGUGGCAAGGGGCUCAAGAUCGCGUUUUCCGAGGAUUUCUUCCAUAAAUCGAAAAGCCUUUUUUAUUUGCACUUUCUGGCCUUACACUUUCUACGGUCCAUCGAACUGGUUUCAUGCCUCGCUCGCUCGCUCGCUCGACCGCCCGCCCCCUCUCUCUCUCUCUCUCUCUCUCUUUCUCCCUCCCUCCCUCCCUCCCUCCCUCACACUUUUUGCCUCGCGACUGGUUCACUACAUUAAGCAAAGCCUGGCAGAGUUUCGAGAUAUUUUAAGUAUUAGACUGUUGCUUUGUGCGUCUUUUAUUUUGAGCGUUCCUCGACGACGUGAAAAGCACCGCGAUAGUCGUAUCUGCUGCGAGUCAUGCAUGCAUGCAUGAACAGCGAAAGCGCGCGAUUUUCGUCUCCGAUGCGCCGGUUUUAUUACGAGCUCAUCUCAUCUCGGUUUCUUGAGCUCCGUCGUACGUGACGGCCGUAAAUGUUCCGCCGCAACUCCCAGAUUAAGACGUCAUGGACUGUGGAGUUUGGGGUUUCCAAACUGCACCAUAAUGGAACGUCCAUGUAUGAGCAAUUUGCAUGCAAGGGUACGAGAAACGAAAUGUGACAUGCAGUUCGUGUCGAUUUUAUGGCGCAUAGAUCUUAAAACUGUGAAUACGAAAACUCAGUGGAUUUUAGCAAAAACGAUCCAUAUAUUUGAACAUGUGUUUACGUUCUCGCAAUGUCCUUUAUGCAAGAAAAUCAGUUUACCAAUUAUUUCUAUUUCAAUAGAGUCGAUGAGUUCAAACGCAUAGGCCUAUUAGGGAUUAAAAAAAAUUAAGUGUGA